CAGAAGCAGCCUGCAAAACCGAUCGCCGGCGAAAAAAAGGAGACGGCAGAUGGCGGCGAAAGCGGAGGUACGGCAGCGGCCGCGGCCGCUCAAAGUAGAGGCCAUCAAGAGCUUCGUAGCGGCGGCGUUCGGGAAGGAACUCCGCGACCUGAAGCUCGACGUCCUCGGCACCGACGACUCCCCCAUCCCCAUCACUGGCUACUAUACUGCAUGCACUCACCCAAAACUUUCGGCCCGCUUCAGCCUACUUCAAAAAUCGCUAGCCCCAUCAUCUGUCAACUCACUUGGCUCUAGGAACAAUUGUCCAGUACCAGGGACGCUCAUAAAUACUAAUAACAUGUUGGGGUUCCAAAAUCUUGAUGUGGCGUCUCUACUCAGAGAAGAAGGAAAGAAGAUCUUGCAUGACAUUCUAUCCGGUAAAAUAGAAGAGUGUCCUUCUCUGCUAUUAAGAUUUCUUGUGAUAUCAUUUGCGGACUUGAAGAAUUGGAAGCUCUAUUACAAUGUUGCGUUUCCCUCGUUGGAUUUGAACUCUAAUAUGACUUUGCUCAGCCUGCAUAGUGCCUCACAGGUGCUCAGCCAAGAAGAGGCAAUAUCUUUGUCUAAAUCAAUGAAAGAGUGGUGUGAAUCAAAUGAAACAACAGUUCAUCCGUUUUUUUGGGUCGAUAUAUCCUCAGAUUCUUCAGUUGUUGUAAGACAACUUAAGGACUGGAAAGAUCGUCGGGGUGGUGGCCAAAAGCUCCUUUUUGGGUUUUAUGAUCAUGGAUGUCAUCAAGAUUACCCUGGUUGGGCUCUUAGAAACUACAUUGUAUUCCUGAGCCUGCGGUGGAAAAUCGAGAAAGUUCAGUUCUUAUGCUACCGAGAAAGAUUGGGGGGGAUCGAUCUAGAGAAGUCACUUAUUGGUGAAGCAUCAUUUGCACCACAUCAUGGCUGGGAUGGCUCUGAUUAUGUGCCUGAAGUUAUUGGAUGGGAAGGAGAAACUCCUGGGGAUGGCAGAAAAGAAAUGAAAGUGAACUCAAUCAGUCUUGAACUGAUGAACCCAGAUAGUCAGAAAGAACAACAACAGCUGAUGCACUUGAAGCUUAUGGGAUGGCGGCACUUCCCUGUCGAUUUAGACAAGUUGGGUAGCACUCGAUGUCUUGUGUUGGGUGCUGGAACUCUUGGCUGUGAAGUUUCUCGAUUACUCAUGACCUGGGGUGUAAGGAAAAUAACAGUGGUUGAUGGUGGUUGUGUUGCAAUGCCUGAUCUAGUCAAACAAUCACUCUACGUAGAAAAGGAUUGUGGUGUUCCGAGAGCUACCGCAAUAGUUCCACAUCUAGAAGAGAGAUGUCGUGCAGUGGAGGUCGAAGGAAUCCGGAUGGAAAUACCAGUGCCUGGGAAUCCAGUUUCUCCAAGUGUGCUUGAUGAUUGCAGGCUUCUUCAAACAUUAGUAGCUGAGAGUAAUGUGGUCUUCUUGUUGACUGACACAUGGGAGAGCAGAUGGUUACCAACUCUUUUGUGUGCAAAUGAAAACAAGAUCGCUAUCACUGCAGCAGUAGGAUAUGACAGUUACCUUGUCAUGCGACAUGGUGCUCGUCCAGGAACAAGAAGUGGAGGUAUGGAUGACGUGAUUGCUCAGACAAAGAAUUUGUCCACUGAAGAUGCUCUUGGUCAUCAAAGAUUGGGCUGUUGUUUCUGCAAUGAGAAGACUUCCCUUUUCAAUUCAGUCUCUAAUGAAAGAGUAGCACUACCUGGGCUGACCUCAAUUGCAUCUGGCAAAGCAGUGGAGCUCUUUGCGAGGAUGUUACAUCAUCCAGAGGGGAUACAUGCUCCAGGAGAUAUUGCUGGUAUGGAUACUGAACAUCAACUUGGUUUAUUGCCACAUCAGAUGCACGGAUCACUUCCAAAGUGUGUUUUAUCAACUGUGAUAGGCAAUUCCUCAAAUAAUUGCACUGCCUGUUCUGAUGUCGUACUUUCUGAAUAUAGAAGAGAAAGAUUGGAUUUUAUUAUGAAAGUCAUCAACCAACCAACAUAUUUGAAGGACCUUACAGGCAUUUCUAACAGUUUGAUAAAGUCGGACACUUGUUUGAAUUUACCUGCCAGCUUCCCUGUAAAUUCGGGGAAGUUGUCUGGUGUGAAAUGUUUAAUUUUAGGUGCUGGAACUCUUGGGUGUGAUGUUGCUCGUAUUCUUAUGGAUUAUGGUGUUCGGAAGCUAACAGUGGUUGACAGUGGUUGUGUUGUUGUGUCAAAUUUGGCAAGACAGUCACUUUACACAUCUGAUGACCUCAACGCCCCAAAAGCAACAGCAUUACUUAAGCGUCUAAAGGAGAGAGAUCCGUCAGUGGGCGACGAGGGUUUUAAAGAUUGGAAAAUGGAAAUACCGAUGCCAGGGCAUUCUGUAUCAUCUGAUGGAGAAGAUCAUGUGCGUGAAGAUUGCGAGAAACUCCAGAAGUUGGUAGCUACCCAUGACGCUGUGUUCUUGUUGACUGACACGAGGGAGAGUAGGUGGCUUCCAACCCUUCUCUGUGCGAAUGAAAACAAGAUUGCUAUUACUGCAGCCCUAGGAUACGAUAGCUACCUUGCCAUGCGACAUGGAGCCGGUCCAAGAACAAAUUCUGAAGGUUCAAAUGUGGUUCCUGCCAUGACUAUGUCUCCGGAAGAUGUUAUUGACCGUAAAAGACUGGGCUGUUAUUUCUGCAACGACGUUAUUGCUCCUGUUGAUUCGGUCUCCAACCGAACUCUGGACCAACAGUGUACAGUAACACGACCUGGACUGGCCCCCAUUGCAUCUGGCCAUGCUGCAGACCUCUUCGCAAGAAUGUUAAAUCAUCCGGAUGGGAUACAUGCUUCAGCAGAUAUCGCUGGCACAACCAGUGAGCGUCCGUUUGGUCUAUUGCCACACCAGAUACGAGGAUCACUAUCGAGCUACAACAUACUAACCCUCUUGGGAUAUUCCUCGAGCAGUUGUAUUGCAUGUUCCGACGUGGUAUUGUCUGAAUACAGGAGCAGAGGAAUGGAUUUUGUGAUGCAGGUGAUCAAGGAACCGACCUAUCUAGAAGACCUUACCGGACUGACGGAGCUGAUGAAAUCCGCAGAUUAUUCUCGGGUCGAGUGGGUAGAUGAUGUCGACGACGACGAUGAAUUUGCAGAGAUCUGCUGAUGCCUCACAAGAUUCCAUGGCUAUAACAAGUGUAGAUAUCAUUUCGACACAAUGUGAUGAGCGAGAUUGAUGGUUGUAAAUAACAUUCUCGAAAUAACUUAGCUUUUCUCAGCAGGUUCAGCACCUAGCCUGUAAUCAUAGCACACCCCUGAAUCCUGGUUCGUCGAACGCUUGUAGGUUGAACAUUCAAAAUGUUUACACGAGAUAUUCUCUGAUUA